UGGACAGUCGUUAAGAUAAGGCUGACCGGAUAAGUGGUUCGUUAACUUGUGUCACUCAAUCGUCUGUCGACUGUGAAGGCAGCAGCCAAACUUGCUCUCUGAUACGAGAGCAUCUCCUGCCGAUUCCCCUGCCGAUUGUUUUUUUCCUAACCAAAAAAGUGAACUCAGUUGUGCGACGACAGCAGAAGAAUUCACUUCCUCUUUACGAAUCCUUUUCGCUUUUUUACUUGGAUGGACUUAUGGAUUGUGCCUACGAAUCCAUUUACGGAUUAGGUGUCGGUUUGUCCAUGCGUGGGGCGAUGAUUGUGAAAUCCAAUCAAAUGAUUAGCCAAUGGAGCGGAUGUGUGUCGGAAGUCCCGAAAUUGCCAGCUUGCAGCGUUGCUUGUUCUAGGUCGUCCAUGGAGAGCCUACCGCCACCUGUUUCAUGGAACUCGCUCACCAGUCGCAGGCCAAUGGGUCAAUUAACAACGUCAGUUUCAGGAGCUUCGGUCGUUUCGGAUUUAUGGAGUCCUAAAGGGGACUCGUCUGGCCAGCAUCAGCACUCGGUGUCGCUCUCUCACGACGGCAAGGCGCUGGGCACCAGCAUCGGCAACAACAUGCCGUCGUUCGACGUGUCGUUGCCACUCAACGUGACCACUCAGUACGGAGCUCACGCCCAUCUUGUCUGCCGCGUCCAGGAUGUUGCCAACAAAUCGGUCUCGUGGGUUCGCAAGAGAGACGGCCAUUUGCUGACGGUCGAUACGGACACGUUUAUAGGCGACGGCCGAUUCCAAGUGCACCACCCGGCCAAUUCCGACAUUUGGACGCUGCACUUGAGGGCCGUUCGCGGCUCCGACGCCGGCAAAUACGAAUGCCAAGUUUCCAGCGAGCCCAAGCUCAGUCUCGUCUAUCAAUUAAACAUUGUCGUUCCGCAGGUGGAGAUCAGAGGAGCUCCGGACAUUUACGUCAUGGCCGGUAGCGGUGUGGCGCUGCAUUGCGUCAUUUCGGGGCUGAUUGAGACGCCGCCCUACAUUUUCUGGUACCACAAGACGGAGCGGAUCGCCGGAUCGGCACUCGAAGAGUCCCGCAUGUUCGAAGGAUCUAAAGAAGCCGCAGCGCUGGCCUCAUCGGGCGCUACGAAAUACGGAUGGAGCGCCCGCGUGACCCGCCUGGGACCCGACUCACUUCUGGCAGUCUUGAACGUUCCGCCGGCCACGCCCGACUUUGCCGGAAACUAUUCGUGUGGACCACCUAGCCUCCAACCGGCCAGCGUCACUCUCCACGUUCUAAAUGGGGAGCAGCCGGCGGCCAUGCAACACGGGAAAAACGGCGGCAGGGGCGUUGUCGUCCAAUCGGCUUGGACCUAG